GCCGCUGUUUACCCGCGUGUAUCCUUUGUCAGUGUGACUCAACUCAAGCUGAACGCUAAUAGAAGCUAGUGUUCGAAAUUCAAAUAGAGCGGGAAUUCCCGUUUUGUUUUUAAUUUGUGAGUGUCCUGUGAUUCAGAUACUGUUUGGCGCUUGGAGAUUAUUUGUUUGUUAUUUUAAAUUUGGAAUUGAGUGAAUCGAUUGUCAACAAUUUUGAAUCAAUACGAUUCACAUUUGAUUGCAAAAUGACAUCGGACAGUGCACUGAACUCACAAAGGAUAUUCAAGAAGACUUCACCAAGUAACAAGUUAACUUUAUACCUGACGUCUCGUGACCUGGUGGUGGAAAAUGGCACCAUUGACAAGAUCCAGGGUGUUCUUCACGUGGAUGGGGAGAGUCUUGAAAACAAAAAGCUGUUUGGACAAGUGACGCUCACAUUCAGAUAUGGCAGAGAAGACGAGGAGGUGAUGGGGCUGAAGUUCUGCAACGAGGCCAUUAUGAGUCUCGCACAGAUAUGGCCGCAUCAUGGCAAUCACGACAUGGAUCCUAAUACACCACUGCAGGAUGCACUUAUAAAACGUCUUGGGGCGAAUACAUUUCCCUUCCAAUUGGAACUUACACCACUAGCGCCACCUAGUGUUCAACUCGUUCCAGCUAAGCAGUACCACGGUGCACCAAUUGGAACUUCGUAUGAUGUUCGUGCAUACAUUGCAGAACGUGCAGACGAGAAGGUGUCACGUCGUCACGUAGUACGGAUGGGUAUAAGAGUGCUUCAGGGACCCGGCAAACCCCAACAGGCGGUGCUGCCUCCGUCACCUCAUAAUACACUCAGCGCUUUAGCACAUCAUAAUGUUCUCAGACUCAAACACAAAAAAACAGAUACGGAUCACAACAGAACAAAAAGGGAUGCAAUCGAGAACACGGAAACGCUGGCGCCAAGAGUGACGGUUGAGAAACCAUUCCUCUUAUCUGAUGGCAGGGUGGAGCUUGAGGCGUGGUUGGAUAAGGCUACGUACUCACAUGGAGAAUCUGUUAACGUUAGCGUUGUGGUGGCCAACCACUCGGGCAAAACUGUCAGAAGAAUUAAGAUCCUGGUGGUACAACACGUGGACGUGUGCAUGUUCACAAAUGGCAAGUUCAAGAAUGUGGUGGCAAUGCUGAGAGCAACAGGCACUCCUAUACAUCCAGGAGAAACCCAUACAGACACUUACUCACUUACACCACACAGAGGUGUCACAAAAAAUUGGAUAGCGCUUGAGGACUCUUAUUCAAAAACAGGAGCAAGCUUGGCAUCAACAGUCGUUUGUAAUUCGAACACACCAGAAGAUCGUAACGUCUUUGCUAUUUACGUAUCAUAUUAUGUCAAAGUAAAACUAACACUUAGUACAAUGGGCGGAGAAGUGUCUGUUAAACUUCCGUUUACUUUAACACAUUCAUGUAUAAAUGAAGCACCGACUGACAGUGUGAUUGAAGAAGCUACACAUAAAAUGAUAUUAGAAGCUAAAGAAGAUGAAAGAGACAGCGAUGAAGAGGAUGGUAGAGGAGAAACCAUAAUAAAAAAUGAUGAAAAGGAAAAUACAUUUCAUAACCAAGAUAAAUCACCUGAAGAACAAAAAUGUAUAACGAAUGUUGUGGUGAACAUAGAAACUACAAGUAGAAGACCGCUUAAAAUGCCUAUUACAGUUCCAAAAGAUACUCCUAUCGUGCGGUCUAAUGAUGAGGAAUUGAGCGUAAUUGAAAAGUGCCCAGUGGAUUCGUGAUCCGACCAGGAUCUUUGUGACACUGGACAGGAUAUUAAGACUGAAAAUGAUAGUUUGGUUGGAGCUUUACCAAACUGUAAAGUUGAAAUUCAAAUGCAAAAAGGUGGUUUCACAGAGAACUUAAGAAGAGUGGUAUGUUGUAUUGAUAGGCGAAGACAGUCGUAAAUCCAUUAUUAUUAUUUCUGAGACGCUUACAUUAUAAGCAUCAAGUGACCUAAAAUAAUUAAUUGUAUUUACUCGGACUAUUUGCAAAGUAUCUAGUAUAUAUAAUAAGGAUUUACUGUCUAGGUAUAAUUUCUGAAGUUUUAAGUAUUUCCGAUAGAAUGAACCAUUCAAUCAGAACUUUGAUCGAUGUUAGAUUGGAAAGUAAUCUACGGUGACUCGGGCGUUCAUGAAUUGUUUGACUUCUCUCUGAAUCCACAUUGUAAAUUAAAACUAGAUGCCAUUUAUAACGUUUAAUAUCAAUUAAAUAAAGCAAAAUUAUUAUCAAUUUUGUAUUAUAAAUACGGCCUUUAUUAUAAAAUUUAGCCAAUUUCUAUUCUUAGCUGGUUCUUUGCCGAGGCCAAACUAUUUUUGGACAUAAAUCAUUUAGUAAAAAUAUAUCUAAAACAAAUUGAGAAUUUUACACAAUCUGUGGGCCACAAUGAAUUAUUGUAAGGUCGAUUAAAGUAAAGAAACAAUUCUAGUCAGUAAAUUAGAUUCAAUUGUAUAUAGUUUUUGUAGCAGCUAAUUGAUAUUUAUUUCGCACUGCAGAUCUUUAUACACGGUUUGUUUUAUUAUACUUGCUAAGUCAAUUAUACUGUUCUAGCAGGGAUAACAAUAGAGCUCAUUUCUUACCUUAAAAAAAGACUAAUUAGUGCGAUUUUGAGGAUUUACUUCUGUAUAAUAUAUUUUCUCACUAUUUUCCGAUUAUAUAACAUAAUAUUCUAACACUAACUUAACGUUCUGGCUCUUCUUAUUAUUCUUAUAUCAUUUAUAAUAGUUUUCUCAAGGGCAGUCAAUGAAUGAAAAUAUAUAAGAUAUUGAGAUCACAAUGUAAUUCUCGAUAUAAUACCGAGAAAUUCGGUGUGAAAAUUUGAGCCUAAUUUAGCAGGGGAAAAGUUACACUUCAUAUUAUUUACAAUAGGAAACCUUACAUUAUUAUUUGACCAACAUAAUGGUGAAAAGGCAGGUUAUCGAGAAAUUGGUUAGUGAUUUGGUUUUCCAUAUUCCAGUUGUCAGGGUGUUACGGAUUUUUAAAAAUUUUAUUGCAACGGGACAACGAUGUAUCUUUCACAAAUGUAAUGACUGUAAGAAUUAACCAAAUAUCUAUCAGUGGCGCAUUUUAAAUCUUUAACGUUUUGGACGGUGGCAUUCAACUAUUCAAAUAUGAGCUCUAUGCUCAUCGAUAAAUUGUAGGCGUGUUUGUAAACAAGAGUCGUAGCCGAGGGUCUGAAUAUACCCGAGUAAGGUAAUCGCACUUUAUACCGAGUGAAACAUAUACUACACCUACGGGAAGAAUUAUACAUAUUAAUGAAAUUUCUUAAAUAUAAAUAAAUAUUUACAAAAUAACCAAUUUUUUUGAUGAACUUUUGAUAUCUUUUUAACCGACUUCAAAUA